AACUCAGCAUCUCAGACGCCCUCCGAUCUAGGACACGCACCUAUCGUUAAGCCGCUUGGCAAGUGCAAGUUCGGUAACUGCAACCUUGCAACUCCCAUCAAAAGCGGCGCCUGCUAUCGUGAGUGGUGUCAUAUCCACUGUAAGGCGAGAGGUGGCUGCACGGGCACAGCAAAACAUUGUGUCGAUGGCAACUCCCUUGGUCGUCCCCUCACUCCUGAGGAGCAGGAGCAGGAGGAGCGCCAGCUGAGCGGUCGCUCUCAAGUCCCUGUCGAUCUUCACCUAUCCUCGAUUCCUGUCCCUUCGUCCUCAUCUGCAGGUUCCUCCGAGUCAUCUACGGCUCCAUCACUCCCUUCCUCGACUGUCACUCCUUCUUCUUUAUCCCCUUCUUCUCUGGCUUUGUUAUUCCCUAGCGCUUCGCAGCCAUCACCUUCCACGCAGCCGCCGUCACCUUCCUUGCAGCCACCGCCUUCCUCGCAGCCACCACCUUCCACACAGCCACCACCUUCCACACAACCACCGCGGUCGCAGCAGGCAACCUCUUCGCUGAUUACAAGACAUCUCGAAGAUCCUUGGGUGGAUAUAUGGAAGACGAAGAAGGUCGACACGGUCAUGAACGCCAACCAAGCGCACAUCCAGACUGUGCUUGAGCAGGAUAGCAAGAAACUACUGAAUCUGCUCUUGUGGAUUACAAACACACAACGGGAGAAUGCCAAGCUCAUGGGUUCGCGGUCUCUACCAAAGUGGCCCUAUUUCUCGCUCAUCGAAUACAUGUCUUCGGACGAGUCCGCCAUACCUCCUCCUAGCGCUGAAGUCCACCGCAUCGAGCAGUAUGACCGUCGAAGGAGCGAGUGGGUCACCGUCUCAAUCCACGCCUCGCACAAGGUCACCACCGGGGAGACCCUUAUCUUUCGACUCCCUGGUGUCACUGAUCCACAGGACGACUCAGGACUUCUUGGGCCACCACCACCUAUCGACACCAUCGACGAUAUCACUCUCGAGCGUGCCCGAAUUCGUAAACAGUCACCAGUCGGCCGUAUCCUCAAGCCCAUUGAUCCUUCCCUUGUUCGCCAGCGUCCUCGCUCACCGCGUCCCCGCUCACCGCUCCCCCGUGGUUCUCCUGAUCUGCUCGCUAUCAUGGCGCAGGAAGCGGCGCAGGAAGCUCAACUUGAACAGCCAUCUCAGCCUCCCUCACUCGAAGGCUCACCGGUAGAAAUACCAUGGCCGUCCCCAUCGCUCAAGGCUCGCUAUGUGUCACCACCCUCCUCCACAUCGUCCUCUGUUUCACUGUCGCGCACCCGCCCGCUCUCACUCCUUGCUCAGGCCUUUGUAGGCAUUGACGACGAGGCUGUUGUCAUACUAUCUGCCGUUGGACUCCCUCGAACGCCCGACCGCGCGCUCGCCUUACCUGGUCGUCCACCCCGGCCCGAAGUUCCUCAGCCCGAGCUUAGCGCCCCACUGCUGUACAGGUCUUGGCCCAGGGGCUGGCACGUCAAUGGGGUCCUUGACGGCCUUCUCAAGGUCUUCGGCCCCGAUCAUCGCCACGAGCCAGCGCCCUCAGCAUUCAUGCGCGUGUUUGGCGUGCCAUACAAGCGGACGACUGUGCGCGACGCCCUCCAGCGGUUUUCUACCCUUCCACAAGAGGAGCGGGUUGCCUUGUAUCGCAACCAGCCUGGCACCUUCUGGGGUAAAUUUAGUCGCAACGUUCCACUGAAGGAAUACACGCCCUCCAUCAAGCACGAUUCCUCCAGCGAUGGCGACUCCUCAGACGACAGCAAGUCCUUGGUCAAACGCGAGCCCUCGGACGUGCCCUCGGACGCGUCCUCCAUCAAGCUUGAACCCUCCGUUGACGUGGAGCCUUCCAUUAAACGUCUGCCUGCCUACGACAUCGUUCUUUCCAGCGGGUCUUCGAGCCCUUCGCGCUCAACCUCUACCUCCGCACCUGCUGCCUCAAGUCGCGCUCGUUCGAAAUGCAAGGCCAAGUCCCAGGCCUCUUCAAGUCGUCCUAGAGCCAAGCCCAGGCUGUCAAAGUCUCGCAAGUCGCAGAAGAAACCCGAGUACAUCGAGAUCUCAAGUGAUCCCGAGAUAAUCGAGAUUUCAAGUGAUUCUUCCGAUCUCCCUCGUUUCCUCCUAGCUAAAGUCAACAACGAGUCCAGUGAAUACUUUGAUAUCUCAGGGAUCAAGUCGGAUGAGGACGAGGACGCUUGA